GGGGAAAGACAUCAACCGCCCAGAUGCUACGCCGUUAUUAAUGGGAGGGAAAAUAAUCAAGUAUCUCAUCCCUGCUUUUGGGAAGGGCUGGGCUGGCUGGGAUCCGGCAGUCCCUCCUCUUCCUUCUCCCUCCUCCUUUUCCUCUCCCUCGCUCCCAGCCAGCCGCCUUUCCUCGGAGGGGGCGAGACACGCGCAGAGCCCGCAGGCCCCUCCGGCCGCAAGAGAUGGGCGACAUCCCCGGCCUCGUGAAAAUCAGCGUCUCCCUCAAAAUCCAGCCCAACGACGGGGCCGUGUAUUUCAAGGUGGACGGGCAGCGCUUCGGUCAGAACCGCACCAUCAAGCUGCUGACCGGGGCCAAGUACAAGAUCGAGGUGUCCCUCCGACCCGGCACCGUCCAGGCCACGACCAUGGGCAUCGGCGGUGUUAAUAUCCCACUGGAAGAAAAAUCACGGGAUGCACAAGUGGCCUCCUACACAGGGAUCUACGACACUGAAGGAGUGCCCCAUACCAAAAGUGGGGAGAGACAGCCCAUCCAAGUCAACAUGCAGUUUAAUGACAUUGGCGUUUUUGAGACAGUCUGGCAAGUCAAAUUCUACAACUACCACAAACGGGAUCAUUGCCAAUGGGGAAACAGCUUUGGCAGUAUUGAGUACGAAUGCAAACCAAAUGAAACACGCAGUCUCAUGUGGAUCAAUAAAGAGACCUUCCAUUGAAGAGAUGGGAAACCAAUACUGCUGGACAAUCUCCCUAAAGAAAAAUCUACCUUUUUAAGCCAGCAAGAAGCCUUAACUAAGGCAUACUGUAACACUGCUUGGUCCAUAAGGUUCCAGCAACUACAUUGUAUAAACAGGUGGUGCCACUAAAAUAUUUGCUUAUUACUGUAUUUUAAGUUUACCGUGGCAUCUGCAACAUUCUUUAUCUGUCACUCUGAAAAUACUGAAAGGUUAAUGGUAAAGGAUUAUCUGAUAUCUUGGUAGGAAGUCAUAUCAUAAUACUGUUGUAAGUGUUUGGAUUAUUCUGACUAGAUGUAACAACUUUUGUGAAGUGUUUUGCUUCAUUGCUUAGAAUUCGGAUUAGCAUCACAUUGGUGAUUUCUGUAUUUCCAUUUGUAUUUGCUCCAAAAUCGGUGUGUUCCUUCAAGCAUUUUGUUGUACUGUCUUCACAGUGGACACCAAAAAUUAAAAAUAUGGUUACUUGUAGGUUUAGCUAAAUGGCAGCUAAUGCACUGUUGGUAUUCUGCUUUCAUACCAAGGGAUUUGGGAACUCAUUCUCCCUUUUAUUAAGUGCUGUAAGAUAUUCUGUGAAGUUUGCUAAUUUACCAAAUCUCCUAAAAAGGAUUUUUUUUGGUUAAGUUUUCCAGUCUUUGAAAUAGCAUUAGGAAAUGAUAUAAAACAUGAUGAAGGAAGAGCAAUAAAUCAGUUGUGUUAUCCAAGACAUCUAACAAUGUGGCUAAGACCUGUCUUAAGAUCAUAUAGUAUCCUUGAGAUAUACAGCAGUCAUACUUAAUUUAUUUCCUAGUGUAAGAGUUCUGAUAUUAAACUCCAUUUUUAUUUUAAUGGCAUAUUGAUGAGAUCAGUUAAAUCUUACAAAUCAACAUUUUCAAGCAUGACCACUGUAUUCAUUGACAAGAUUUCUGACCAACAAGCACUCAGUAGUGUGAAGGUGCAGAUCCCAGUGCAUGUUUAUACAUGCACUGCAGUCUUUCUAAUAAAGAUAAGCAUGCAAGCAUUUGCAUAGUUAUAGUUAAAGGUGCUUCAUAAACACUAGAUCAGUGUUUAACACAAACAGACAACACAAAACAGACAUAUCUUUUAUUUCUGUAAAGACAGGGAAGCAAGGAAACAACUACACUUGUCCUGUCCCCAGCUUGGGUUGAAGUAAGCUGUCAGUUCCUGCAUAUCUGUUAUUCCCUUUGUGAAUAAUUUGUAAAUUGUAUAUGUAAAUGGUAAACAUGACUUUUGAUCUUUGUAAUAAAGGACCUAAACAAUUUUUUCUCUACUAUGGCCAUCUAAAUGAGCUGAAAACACUGUAUUUAAAGAGGCAGUGGUUUUAGAGAAUCAGACGGUAGAGGGUAUGUAGCCAGUGCUUUCUGAGAAUGCAGUCCAAAGUACCUUCUGUUCUUCACCCAAAGCUACUGUUUCUAGGAAACACAGAUCCAGUGUGCUAAAAUGCAGAUGGUUAAUGUGAUAACACUCAGAAGAGCUUAUUAAUAUGCAGUUAGUUCCAGUAAUAUAAUGUGAAAAGUAAAGAUUUAGAACAGAAUUGAAUUAGCAAAGAAAUAUUUUCUUCCAGUGAAUUAUUAAUCAAAAGGCUUUACUAGUUUUCUAGCUUUACUAGAUUUCUACAGCCAGAAGAACUGACAGUGGCACUGAUAUAAUCCAGCUGUAGAACAGUGAGCUAGCCAGCUGCAACUCCAUUCUAAGGCAACAUUAUAUGGGCAAUUUUACUGAAAUGAAAAUCUAGACAUAAUCUUCUCCAUUAACUUCUUUCUUAGACUUUUCCUAGCAAGAAUUCUUCAAAAUGAAAAAACUGACCAAACUGAAAUCUGCAUUUCAGGCAGAAGUACUGCUGCCAGCAUUUUAGCAGAAAUUUCCAGAUAACAUGCUUUAAUGAUUCUAGACUUCCAGCUGUGAAUCAGUUCUGUUUCUACAUUGCUAGAAAAGUGAUUUUAUUCUCCAAUAAUUUGCAUACUUUGGUUUAUUUUGUUUCUACAUAUGAACACAUAUGUACACUGGCACACAAUACAUGUGACACAUAAAUUCGUAGACUUCUGUCCUAGUAAAAAACAUGUAAGACCCACAGUGUCCUAGCUCUCCAGCAUUUAAAAAAUGCUGCAAUGAAUAAAUCCAGCCAAUCCUGGCACAGGAGGAUUGUUAUUCUCAGCCAGCUGGAAGUAUACCCUUCCUAAGGCAAAUUCUCAUGCCCACAUUAAUGCCAAAUAGGGCAUUUUUUCACUUACAACCUAGCAGGUCCUGUAGCAAUUCAGUUGAGAAGAUGCUCAAGAAAAAGGCUGCAGAUGGAGCAAGUUACUUUUAAAAGAAAGGCGAGAACAGCAAGAGCAACUGUUGUACAGGUCCCAUAUCCUAAGACUGAACAUUGCUGCCCAUGAUUGCAGCACCCCUUUCAUAGACAGCAGCAUGGAAAGAAAGGAUGAGAAUUGGUUAAUCGCUUCUCUGGGGAAAGUGUAAAUGGCAUUUAUCAGCUCUUAUAUCCUUCUCCCCUGGGUAAGGUUUAAGCAUACAGAAAUGUGAUUUGCAUUCUUAAAUAAAUUGCAAUCUUAAAUAGAAGAUUAUUCAUGUGAUGUUAGUUGAGUAUCCAUACCACCAGCUCUGAUACUCCACACAUGUAAAGCAAAAUAGUCCCAUCAACUUCCUCUUGCUCAUCAAGUGCUUUGCUAACAAAAUAACCAUUUGCUCCUAGUAAAGGAGACCCAAGACUUCAGCUGUUUCAUGAAAGUAAUGUUUUGAAUUUCUUUCAUCCAGGAAAACCCUGUUGAAUAUUCAUAGAAUUUGAGUCACUACAAAACUGUUGCUGUGACAGUUUGAUGCAUUAUUCAGCAGCAUUUAAAUCUCCAGACAAGUUUGUUCCUUACACAGCUUUUUCUAAUUAAUAUUUCCAUUUUUAUACAGAACUCAGUACUAUAUUUCAGGACACAGUACACUAGGAUCAAACAUAUAUGUCAGAAAAUGAUGUCAAUGUGUCAAUCCAGCUGAAACCAGAAAGCACUCAUCGCUGGAGGUUUUAUAAAUAUGAGACUUCAAGAUUUUUGUCAUGAAGUAUCCAGCUGUCAUUUUCAUAAGAAAAAUGAAACAAACAUUCCAAAUCUUUGUGUCACUUUUCCAUCUAUAUUUAGAGGUAGCAGAUAGCUCUUUGAUACUGCUGAGUAACAGGAUUCAAAACCAAGUUAUUAGUCAUGACUAUUACAGUUGUCAUCCAGCGUAGGGCUUUGUAUUAGAUCACUAGAUUUUGCACAAGGCUUUGUGUUUACUGCAGCUACUACAGACUUUGGUAUCUCCUACCAUCUGACUGUAUAUGAAACAGAAAUAAUACACCUCAAGUCUCAAUGCUCUACAUUCACAUGGUAAAGAGGUUUUACUGGCUUCAGCUGAAGCUCUGUCCGGUGGUUUGCAAGUGCAGUAACCCUUACUGAUUCCAGACUAGCAAAGAAUCAGAGGACCUCAUUUAUAUAAUUCUUUGUAUAAAAGAUGUGAACAGAACUUCUGUACAAUAAAGGUGUAAAUUUUGUAAUACAAGGCUUUUGCAUGCCAGGAGAGGUUCUUUUUCACUUGGUUAAGAGCACUGCCCUCACUUGCUAUGUAAAAUUUUUAUGUAUGUGCUGUGUGUUCCAUUCUUCUAAAGCCUCAUGUGAAGCUUUGAUUAAAUAAGAAUGUGGCAUUUUGUAAAUGCUAACCUCUUUCUGAGAUCUGAAACAAAUGCAAUGAUUUUCAAAGCAGUGAGCAUUGCCUUAAUAACUAUGUUAACCCUGAAGUACAAAGCAGCAGUAUAAUGAGUCUUUCAACAUUCAUGUUUUCCCUUAACUCUACAAAGCUCACAAGCAAUGACUUGCAAAGUCCCCUUUAGAGUAGCUGAUCCAGACCUUUGGCCAGGAGAGACACCUACUCCUGCCCACAGGCCUUCCCUGCUGCAUGCUUGGCAGCUAUCACCAGCAUUUCUUGGACUGCUUCCUUUUUCCCCUCUCCCUGAUACCAGGAUUUAAGGCUUCAAAUCCCUAUGAGCCUUGGCUUUCAGCAUUAGGAAGACAAGGUGGCAUCAACCUAGGAAGAGACAAACCAGUUCUCACUGCAUUGUUUCUCUGUGACUACUGUAAGGUUUUGUGAGUUAUCCCACUGCAGUCAUUGGAGUUUGUUACCUUUUGACCCACAGUGAAUUUCACUAUGAGCACAUAGACGAACAGAUCUCCACUGGAGACAUGGCUUAAAAGCAAUGACAGACAGCCUCUCCAUCAAUUUUUAUGCUAAAAAAUAUUAAAUUUUAAGAAACAAUUAAUGGCAGCACGUCUGCAUUGACGAGGUUUAAGGCCCUGAUAUUCUGUUUGUCCUCACUCAGACAAACUUGAGUCUUGAUGCUGCAAUCCAUGUAAAAGUGCUUUGCAUGCUCUCUGUAACACCUUUGUUUACCUCCCCCAGAGAACAGGCACUCCUACUUCCUUUAUUCCAAUAGUGAGGGACAGCCUGGUAUCCCAUCUAGGAUCUGCAGCCUUUGAACAAUCCUGGGAGAAGAAAUUAAAAACUAUUAGUGCAUGGUGAUGAAAGCAAGAACUGUGCUGGUGGUUAACUGGACCUUCUGCUCAUUCUCAGCACAGUAAAGACAAGGUUGGGAGCCUGCUGUUACAGGAGUGAUUGUGACAACACUGUCAGUAAUAUCCACAUGAAACUACAAUAUAUGUGCUACAGGGACCAAACUCAGAAGUUUGAACUGAAUCUUUAUGAGCUUAAGGUGAACCCCAGAGGGUCUGCAAACAAGUGGCAGUAGUGAAAUAUCACAAUGUACACUCUUUUCUGACUGUGAUGGAUGGAAUUCUCCUGCUCACUAAGUUGCUAUGCCAACAGAUUGAGCUCAGGCACUUCCACAUUUCAGACUUACUGGAGAGAACAAGCUGUGGCCAAUUCUGUGCAUAGAAUAUAUAGUCUGAGUUGGUGCCUUUUUAAAUUUGUUGGGUGUUGGAAUUGUGGUUUUUUAAUUAAUUGUAUAAUUUUCACUCCUGGCUUCUGAGACAUCUCUGGCUAAAUACUAUGCUACAGGUAAGCUGAGCAAAUGUAGGAAACACCAGGGUAUGAAAAUACAACUACAGUCAUCCCUGUUCUGUAUGGAAACUAUAUGACUACCCUCCAAAGAUUUAAAAAGCAUUAAAACAAACAAACUAAAAA